GGUUGUUGCGUGCUGCACGCUGCAUGACAGCUCGAUAUUCCCCUCACUCUCACCGGCUCGCUGGGUGAGGGGCAACAUGGAACAACAGCCUGCAGCUGCACAUCUAAGGCUUCCAUUUAUCGCCUUCUCAAAUGGGGCAUAUGUUUCUAUCACCAUCAGACUGUCUUCCGACCUUGGCACGUCUCUAGGCAUCCAUUCACACUCAACGCUUGGUAGCAGGCCCGUCAUGGGCUCACAUCUAGUACUAGGACAGAUUGAUAACAGCCGAUUGAUAUCUCAUCCGACUAGGGGAAAUGUCCGGAGAAAAAAAAUCUAAAAAGUCCAAAGAAAGUUCCGCACGUUUCACGUUACACCCGCUACCGAGAGGGUUACAAGGCUACCGUCCUUCCCCAUCCAUCGCCAGGGUGUGUCCCCGACCACUUUUCUGCUCCAACCUGUUGCAGAGCUCAGGUUUACGAGGGGUCGAAUGACGAUGGUUUCCCCCAUGGCCCAACUAGCAUUCCCUCCUGCCUAAGGGCCCGAGAGGGAGCACCCAUCCCGCUCGCAUUUACCGACUCCGCACGCGCCAUGCAUAUGACCAACCAGUUGAUGCUCUCAAAUCUACAGCAUGCUUUCAAAGAUCCCUCUCAAGCACUUUUCCUCCCCCCGUCAUUGGCCCUUCUCAAAUAUCCUCCGAGCCUCACCGUCUUCUCUUAGCACCUUGCCAAGUCAGCCAUUGCCGGGAGCUUUCCUCCGAAUCAAACACCAAGAACACCCGCCCUCCCACCUCCAUCCCGCCCAUCAUGACGACCCCGAACAUACCCACCGGUCCAGAUCUCCACCCCGACCCCGGACCCGACCCCGAAUCCGCCUUCCUCCUCUCAGCCUACACCCGCCUCCGCGCCACCGUAACAACCCUCACCACCACCCACCCCGUCCUCCCCACCCCCCAAACCCUAACCCAAACCCUCUCCUCCCUCCCCUCCGCCCCCUUUGACCUCCCCCCAUCGACUCCCUCCUCAACCCUCACCCACCUGUUGGAGUCCAUCCUUCCCUCCUUAAACCAGCAAUCAACCUCCCCCUACUACUACGGCUUCGUAACCGGCUCCUGCCUCCCCAUAGCCCAAGCAGCAGACAACCUCGUCACCGCUCUCGACCAGAACGUCCAGGUCCAUUUCCCCCAGUCAUCAUCAUCAUCAGGAUGGGUCCACUCCUCCGCCACCUUUGUCGAGUCAACAACCCUAUCCAUGCUCCUCUCCCUCCUUGACCUGCCACCCUCCCGCUUCCCAGCCAAGACUUUCACCACAGGCGCCACGGGCGCCAACAUCCUCGGUUUGGCCUGCGGGAGGGAAUAUCUCAUCUCCUCCCGCCUCUCUUCCCCUGAAAAAUCCGUGGCCAAGGUAGGCUUGGUCAAAGCUUGUAUUGCCGCUGGGGUGGCAGAUAUCAAGAUUCUGACGUCGAAACCCCAUUCUUCGCUGCUCAAGGCGGCCAAGAUAUUGGGGUUGGGGGAGGAGUGCGUGCUCGAUGUAGGACAAGAUGCCAAACCGUGGAGAAUUGACCUCGACAAGUUGGAACCAGCCCUGAAAGAGGCUGAAAAAAACAGCACAGCAUGCAUCAUAGCCAUCUCCUCGGGCGAGGUCAACACCGGCCGGUUCGCCACAGCCAUCUUCGACAUGCCCAAGAUCCGCAGCCUGGCUGACCGUUACAAGGCCUGGAUCCACGUCGACGGCGCCUUUGGCAUCUUUGCCCGGGCUCUGCCCAAAACAGACCAGUUUCUUAGUCUGCGUGCCUGUGUCGCGGGCAUGGAAUUGGCGGAUAGUAUCUGCGUGGAUGGGCAUAAACUUCUCAAUGUGCCCUACGACAACGGCAUUUUCUUCUCCCGCCACCCAUCCACCCUCACUCAAGUGUUUAGCAACCCGGGCGCCGCCUACCUGGCUCCCCCGCCAUCCUCCUCUGCUGCCGGUUCCCAAGAAGAUGGGAUCUUCGGCCCUUUGAACAUCGGCCUUGAGAACUCCCGUCGCUUCCGCGCCCUGCCAGUUUAUGCCGUCCUGAAAAGCGAGGGCCGAGAGGGCAUGGAGGCCAUGUUCAGCCGGAUGGUGUUCCUUGCCAGGAAACUCGCCUCUUUUAUCCACAACUCUGAACAUUACGAGAUGCUUCCUGAGACUGAGAAUCAUGUCGAGGAAGACAUCUUCAUGAUUGUGUUAUUCCGGGCGAGAAACGAGGCGCUGAAUAAUGUUCUCGUUGAUCGGAUCAACCAGACGGGCAAGAUGUUUGUGAGCGGGACGCAAUGGCAAGGCAGGAAGGCGGUGAGAAUCGCUGUGUCGACCUGGAGGGUCGAGGUUGAGAGGGACGCAAAGUAUGUAGAGGGCGUCUUGAGAGAAGUCGCCGAGAGUUUUGUCGAGGCGUAAAUGCA